AUGCUUCUCUCCCAGACCCGAGGGCGCAUGCCCGCCGCUCUCCGGAGCCUCUCCAGCCGCCCUAUCUCUACUACCCUCCCCCGACGAGACAAGGAUGCCCCCGUCCUCAACAAGGUUUCCCGUCAUGUCACACAGCCCAUCUCGCAGGGUGCUUCCCAGGCCAUGUUGUAUGCUGCCGGUCUCAGCGAGGAAGAUAUGAACAAGGCACAGGUCGGAAUCUCGUCUGUCUGGUACAAUGGAAACCCGUGCAACAUGCACCUGCUCGACCUCAACAACCGCGUCCGUGAAGGUGUGCAACAGGCCGGCUUGGUGGGCUUCCAGUUCAACACCGUCGGUGUCAGUGACGCCAUCAGUAUGGGUACCAACGGCAUGCGCUUCUCUCUUCAGAGCCGUGACCUUAUUGCCGAUUCCAUCGAAACUGUCAUGGGUGGUCAGUGGUACGACGCCAACAUCAGUAUCCCCGGUUGCGACAAGAACAUGCCCGGUGUCUUGAUGGCCAUGGGCCGUGUCAACCGUCCCAGUUUGAUGGUGUACGGUGGUACCAUCAAGCCCGGCUGUGCGUCGAUGCAGAACAACGCCGAUAUUGAUAUCGUCUCCGCUUUCCAGGCCUACGGUCAGUUCUUGACCGGUGAGAUCACCGAGCCUCAGCGCUUCGACAUCAUCCGUAACGCCUGCCCCGGUGGUGGUGCUUGCGGUGGUAUGUACACUGCCAACACCAUGGCUACUGCCAUUGAGACCAUGGGUAUGACCCUGCCUGGCUCGUCGUCUAACCCCGCCGAGUCCAAGGCCAAGGACUUGGAAUGUUUGGCUGCUGGUGGAGCUAUCAGGAAGCUGCUUGUCGAGGACAUCCGUCCCAGUGAUAUCUUGACUCGCCAGGCUUUCGAGAACGCCAUGGUCGUUGUCAACAUUACCGGUGGUUCGACCAACGCCGUGCUCCACCUGAUCGCCAUUGCCGACUCUGUCGGUAUCAAGCUGGACAUUGAGGACUUCCAGUCCGUCUCUGACCGCAUCCCCUUCUUGGCCGAUCUGAAGCCCUCUGGUAAAUACGUCAUGGCUGAUCUGCACAAGAUCGGUGGUACCCCCUCUCUGCUGAAGUUCCUGAUCAAGGAGGGUGUCAUUGACGGCUCCGGCAUGACUGUUACUGGUGAGACCUUGGCCAAGAACGUGGAGAAGGUCCCCGACUUCCCUGAAGACCAGAAGAUCAUCCGCCCCUUCUCCAACCCCAUCAAGCCUACCGGUCACAUUCAGAUUCUCAGAGGUUCGUUGGCCCCUGGUGGCAGUGUUGGUAAGAUCACCGGUAAGGAGGGUACUGCUUUCACUGGUAAGGCUCGCGUCUACGACUGCGAGGAUGACUUUAUUGCUUCUCUCGAGCGCAACGAGAUCAAGAAGGACGAAAAGACUGUUGUUGUCAUCCGUUACACUGGACCCAAGGGUGGUCCCGGCAUGCCUGAAAUGUUGAAGCCCUCGUCUGCUCUCAUGGGUGCCGGUCUCGGAUCGUCGUGUGCCCUGAUCACUGACGGCCGUUUCUCCGGUGGUUCCCACGGUUUCCUCAUCGGACACAUUGUUCCUGAGGCCGCUGUCGGAGGACCCAUUGGUCUUGUCAAGGAUGGCGAUGUCAUCACCAUUGACGCUGAGCGCAGAGUCCUUGACCUCGAGGUUGAGGAGACCGACCUUGUCGAGAGAAGAAAGGAAUGGGAGCAGCUCAAGGCGGAGGGCAAGCUGCCCCCUACUGGUUUGACCAUGAGAGGAACUCUGGGCAAAUAUGCCAGAACCGUCAAGGAUGCCAGCCACGGCUGUAUCACUGACUCUGUAGAGUAA